UAACGAACCAGAGCUCGAGCGGAGAGGAGCCCCAGUUGUACGUAAAGAGUCCGAGGGAGCGGCGCGUGGAGCGACCUCUGUUCCUCGCGCCGGAGCUUGGGGGUGGUGGGGUGGGGGGUGGAGGCUCUCUCGCGGAGGCCAUGGAGCACAUCGGGACACUGGCGGGGCAUCUGCAGCAGCACACCCACCACGUGGAGCCCAUCAGCUUCGGCAUCGAUCAGAUCCUCAGCAACGUGGAGCAGAGCUGCAUGCUGGGCGCGAGGAUGCACGAGCAGGACUACGGGCACGGGGCCUACACCUGCGGCGUGAACGGCGGCGUGAAUGGCGGUUACGCGUACGGCAACGGAGGGUACAAUGGCACCGGCGGCCCGUGCGGUAUGGCCUCCCUCGGCGGGGGUUAUCACAUGAACAUGGGCGUGAACGCGAGCGGGACUAACGGGAGCUCCAACGGGGUCAUCCGGGUCCCCGCGCACCGGCCGCUGAGCUGCGGGAACGCGUCCGGGCCGCCGGGGAGCGGGAGCAUGAACAACCUGACGUCGGUGACCUUCCCCUGGAUGGAGAGCAACCGACGCUACACCAAAGACCGGUUCACAGUGUCCCUCUCACCCCUCACUGUGACGCGUCGCGUAGGUCACCCCUACCAGAACAGGACGCCCCCGAAGAAGAAGAAGCCCCGGACGUCCUUCACGCGGCUGCAGAUCUGCGAGCUGGAGAAGCGCUUCCACCGGCAGAAGUACCUGGCGUCGGCGGAGCGGGCCGCCCUCGCCAAAGCCCUGAAGAUGACGGACGCGCAGGUCAAAACCUGGUUCCAAAACAGACGCACAAAAUGGAGGCGGCAGACGGCGGAGGAGCGAGAGGCGGAGCGGCAGCAGGCCAACCGCCUCCUCAUGCAGCUGCAGCAGGAGGCCUUCCAGAAGACCAUCAACCAGCCCCUCACCCCGGACCCGCUGUGCCUGCAGAACAGCUCGCUGUUCGCCCUGCAGAACCUGCAGCCGUGGACCGAGAACACCGGCAAGAUCAGCAGCGUGUCGGCCUGCGAGUAGAGCCCACGCAGGGGCAGAGACACGCCGCGGGGCCCGCCGAGGAGCCCCGAGCAGAGGAGCCCCGAGCAGAGGAGACCCGAGCAGAGGAGCCCCGAGCAGAGGAGCCCCGAGCAGAGGAGACCCGGUCUUGUUCAUCGGGUUAGUCUUCAGACAGCUUCAGACGGGGGCCCUUCACCCAUCUAAUGGGGGUCCACAGUCUGAUCUGGAUCCCUGUAGAGGUCUUCAGCCCUGCAGACUGACAUUUUUUGGAAAUAUUUCGGAGGUGAUGAACGAUAUACUCCUUAAAAGUGCAAAGAAAAGACCAGGAGAGGACCGGGAGAGUGAGUUGUUGUAUUAUAGUUUACCUAUAAGGGACUUGAUGUUUCAUAAACAGCAUAUUUUCAUAUUUGUGUGUCCAUCCGUUUAAUCCGCCAUGUUAAUGGACCUUUUUUUUACUCAACUGCAAAAUAACAGAGCACUUGUUUUUAGCACCUUUGUAUAUGAAUUCAAAAUUAAUCUGAUAAAAAUGAGAAAAGACUCCGUCUGAUGAUUAACCCUUUUAUAAUUUAGGAGUAAUGGGCCAAGACAAAUCAUAUGUAAUGCCACAUCUGAACACAGUUUAAUACAUUCACAUUCAUAUUUUUUUACAAACUUGUAUUUUCUUAUUUCUCCCUCACCGCUGUGCAGUGUGGAAGCCGAUCUCAGACCUGUGAGCUGAGACCAAACACAAGCAAAGACCAGUCAUGUGUGUGUGUGUGUGUGUGUAUGCUUCAACCAUUGUAUUCAUACUAAUGACACUAAUAUAUUUUGGACACUGAAAUUAAUUUUUUUCUCCCUAAAUUCAUAGUCUAUCUAGUAUUUUCAGCCACAUGUUUGAUUUUGUGGAUAUACAUUUUUUUUUAUCAAAUGUUCAUUUCCAUGCUGCAUAUAAGGAUUUGGUCAUUCUGAGUAAACCUAAAGGCAAAACAAA